AUGCAAGACCGGCAGUUGAAAGCCAUGGCAUGCUAUGGGAAUUUUAUGGGCAUUAGUAUUGUAUCUGCCCUGGACCAGGAUGGGGAGCUGGCAGAGUCUGUUGGCAUAUUAAGUGAUGCUGUAAGGAAAGGGAUAUUAAAGGCCCCAGACUGUCAGCUUUUAAUGUACAUGGUGAAGGACCCAGGGGGUUGGACGUUAAUAGUGUUAAUAUUUCACGCUCUUUCUGCUCCGCGUUUUGGCCUGAGGUGGGCUGUUGUCGAGGCGCGGCGAGGCCAGCGCAUCGCAGCCACGACGGAGGCUGAUGUGAAUCCGAAGGCCUACCCCCUGGCAGAUGCCCACCUCACCAAGAAGCUGCUGGACCUCAUUCAGCAGUCAUGUAACUACAAGCAGCUUCGGAAAGGAGCCAAUGAAGCCACCAAAACCCUCAACAGGGGCAUCUCUGAGUUCAUUGUGAUGGCAGCAGAUGCUGAACCCUUGGAGAUCAUCCUGCACCUCCCCCUGCUGUGUGAAGACAAGAAUGUCCCCUAUGUAUUCGUGUGCUCCAAGCAGGCCCUAGGACGGGCCUGUGGGGUCUCCAGACCAGUCAUCGCCUGUUCGGUUACCAUCAAAGAAGGCUCCCAGCUAAAGCAGCAGAUCCAGUCCAUCCAGCAGUCUAUUGAAAGGCUCCUGGUGUAGGCCUGUGGCCUCUGCCCUUUCCUGUCUGCUCCCACCCCACUUGUAUAUCAUAUUGUCUGUUAGCAUGUGGUAUUUUCAGCCAGUUUCUGUUAUAAAUACUGU